AUGUCCGACUCUGUUGCCCCUUCAUCGCCUCAGGCCCCUGGCUCCCUGCGCUCUAACAGACCCAUGAGCGAGGCCCUGCUCAAUGAGAAGGCAUGCGACCAUCUGCCUCAAUCAAUUUGGGACCACUGCUUGAGCACCAUGCUCAUCCGCUCCACCCUCGGUGCCUCGUUCGGUGUCAUCUUCUCCGUCCUCCUCUUCAAGCGUCGCGCAUGGCCUGCCUUUGUCGGCUUCGGUUUCGGUGCCGGUAGAGCCUGGGAGGAGUGCGACAACCGCGCUGCUGCCCCCACCAGAGACGGCCUGAGAACCAUGAGACAAUAA